AUGGUGGAGGAACGAUGCCCAUUGCCAAGCUAUUGGUCGAGGAAAAUAGAUAAGGUCACUGGAAGAGUGUACUAUGCGCAUCUAAUUGACAAGAGGCCUUCAUGGGAACAUCCCUAUCACGACGUAUACAGUCGUCUCAUCGGCUUCUUCAGGGAGUCUCUAUGGCGACAACAGCAGCGGGACUUGGUUGGGAAAGCAUGCGCUGAGGAGUUGCAACGGUUCAAGGAAGAGAUUACUGCGUCCGGAGUCGACGACUGGGAGGCUACCAAGAGCAGAAAUGGGAGAGAGUACUAUUACAACGCUAAGACGGGAGAAACCACGUGGGAAAGCCCACAGGAAGCUGCGAGCUGUCGUCUCAAUGCAUACACCAAUGCAUUGGCUCUCAUAACCGACAAGCCGUACUGGGAAGCGCUACUCGCUAUGGAUGCUCCCGUUCAAAGUCCGGGACCAUCGCGUGGUUCUCAGAAGAAGAAACUCACGACAGCACUGUCUUCCUUCGCUGAGCGUUUGAAGGGCCGGUAUAAGGCAAGGAAGAGGCGCGGGGGAGCCGAUAAGGGAGAAGGGUAUCAAGCGCCAGUGAUGCCUUCGCCGGAUAAUUCCACCGCUACUCGAACUCCCGUUGAGACCACGGUAGCCCCUGCGGAAGAAUAUCGGAGUUUAGCGCGCCCGACAGCAGGCCCUCGGGAAGGGUUGUGUGGAGUGAAGGACGAUGGACAAGGAGUGGAGGAAACCAGGAAGGUCGCACAGAAACUGGAAGGGUUGAUGAAGCCCCAGUCUUGUGAGGGGGCAGAUGGGCUGACUGCCGAUAGCUCUGACGAAGAACUCAUCCGAGUGACCGCUCUAGUGACUGACCAUCUCUGUGAAGGAACGAGGAAUGAAUUGGUCGCCUCACUGGAGAGUGGUAUGGAAGCCCAGGAGACCAUCAAGACCGAUCUUGACGCUCGACUGAGCCAACAGGAAGCUAAGCAAAGCGAGAUGGAGUUCACUAUCUCAGCUCUGGUGAAGUCCAUGCAGGCCUACUAUGAGGCGCUGGGAGCUCUUAUGGUGUAUCAGAAUCAAAAGGAGGGUACUGGGGGGCAGUCAGUAGCGCCUAUAGAGGAGCUGCUCCGGUCGAACAAGGAAACCCUAGGGCGGUUAGUCGAUCGCUACGACGAUCAUAUAGUGGUGAAGCAGGGACGGGCCUCCAAUGCACAUCGAAAGGCUCGGCCCGUAUCUGCUGCUGUUACCCGUAGAAGGUCACCUCUUAUUGAGGUCCUCCCGGUGGCUCACGAAAGCCGACACUGCCUUGAUAAGUUCAUCGAUUAUCUCAAGCAUAGUUUCAGUACUCCUGAGGAAGCCUAUCAGUACUUCUCUGACGGUGCCAUUGGGUUCAGCAGGGAGAUGUUCGCUCUCCGACUGAAGACGUUGGACGAUGUCGGGCAUGUCAAUAGCAACAAGGAUAUUCUAUGGAGCGCGAUUUGCCGAGAGGCGGGUAUAGACCCAUCGGGGCUUAUGGACUCGGUACGAUGGGCGAGGGUUGUGCUGAAUAAGCCAACAAGGAGGACGCUACCAUAUCGAAGACUCGGCAGAGCUGUUAAAUACGUAGCGGCGUCGGUCCUCACUGAGGCAGCCCUCGAGUGCACUAGGGCGGUGGCACAGGAAGCCAUGGAGGGGUUGGAGAUGGCCAGUGUGUCACCUAACGAGAUGCCAAGCAAUCUAUGGUACGACGCAGUACCUAAAAGACUCGACCCCAGCGGAGGCAUGUAA